AUGUCGGAUUUAGACAGCGAAUAUCCUAAAGCGGAAAGUGGUAGACCGGUUUUACCGGAAGAAAAUAAAGAAUUAGUUAAGCUCUUUAAUGAGCAGAAAUUCAGACCUAGAACGGCUAUUUUAAAAGUCUGGUUUCAAUAUCCUACUAACAUGUUCUUCCAACCCAUACCAGCUAAAGAUACUUUUACGAACAAAGAAGGUAAUAAGGAAACUGGCACUAAAAUCAGGUUCAGAAAUGGUUUCUUUUCAGAAGUUUUAACAUCGGUUGAUAUUCAAGAAAUAGUUAAAGCCGGUGGACGAAUUAUUAGAAUAUUUGAUGGUAUAGUAUACGAAGAAAAUUUUAAAACUCCACCAUAUGGAGAUUAUAUUUUAAUUUCGAGAGAUCUUAGAAAUAAAUAUAAACGAGAAGACGGAUUUUAUAAGCCGGAAAUAUACUAUACAGAUACUGAUAGUUUAUACAUUUCGUCUAGCAAUUGGGAUAAAUUAAAUGAAGCUGGGUUGGUGUUCGAAAAUGAUUAUUGUAAAGGAAAGAAUGAUUACGGUGAUGGUGGAAUUAUAUAUGGUUUAUAUUUAGCGCCAAAAGUUAAAUACAAUAUCAUUCUAACUUCCGACGGUAUUCUAAAAGAAAAGAAAACGUUUAAGGGUUACUCUAAUGAUAAGAUAAGUGUAGAAGAUUAUAUUCGAUUAGCUAGUGGACAUGAUGUGACGAAUGAAUUUAAGAAACCAUGGGAAAAAAGUUUCACCAAUGGAGUAGUUAUUCCAAAGGAUGGUGAUAAAUAA